AAUUGACAGUCCGGACUCGAGAGAGGCGAGUUAUGCCAUUUGGCUUGUUCAUUUAUUUGCGUUCUGAUCCACAUCACGCCCCUAACCCAUUCAUGCGAUGAUAACGUAGGCGAGCACCUCGCAGGCUAUACACCUCCCCUGCACAUCGAUACGUCAACUGCGGGCUACGUGAUGAAAUUAGUGUGGUGCAUUCUGCAAUCAGUUUUCGUCAAUAGCCUUGGGCCAACCCAGGCCCUUACCACAUCUUUUGCAUUUACGCUUUCAGACUCAAGUCCUCAGGCAGAGUUAAGCGAGACGGAGACGCUGUUGAUUUCAUUCGGAAGCCCUGACUCGCGUUUCUUAGUCAGAUCCUUGUGUACAGAACCUGCAGUUGUAAUUUGCGAUGCUGCCAAUAGGGAAAGGGGCUGCCGUGCAUGAGCAUCUGGGACGCGAGGAGCGACCACGAAGGUUCCCUCGUAUGGGGCUUCUUCGCAC